AUGGUGGGGAAAGAAGAUGUGAUCUACCUGUACCUUCCGUACGCAGAAAUGAAAACGGUCGGUGACGCAAAUUUUUCCAACGCGCUGUUGCAAGGGCGCGGUCAGCCAGGAACGCACGAUAUUGAGCGCGGCAGGCGUAUCCUGAGCACAUUGCAUGAAAACACAUUCGAUGUGUUGUCGCUGCCCAAAUACGACAAGAGCGCGAGAGGCGGUUUUGGCGACAGAUAUGCGGACGAAGUAGAAAUCCAGAGGCCACUGGAUAUUGUGCUUUUCGAAGGAUGGUGCCUCGGAUUUUGCGCACUCGAUGCACCGGCACUAGAUGGUUUAUGGGCUGCGCCGUACACGGAUGAACUUGCCUAUUUCUUGCAUACGCGAGAGGACUUUGACGCGAUAAACGAUAGUCUGCGGCGCUGGGAGUCUGCGUGGUACCCCUACAUUGACGCGUUUAUUCAGUAUAUGCCAAGUGCUGCGCCUGAAAUCACGCCGUGGUCGCUUGUAUAUCCAUGGCGGCUAGAGGCAGAGCAUGAGAUGAAAAAGCUGAAUGGCGGAAUAGGCAUGUCUGACGCGCAAAUCCAAUCAUUUGUAGCGCGGUUCCUGCCCACCUACGAAAUCUUUGCGAUGGACCUGCGCGAACGCAACCCGUGGAGCGGUAAAUGUUUGUGCUUUGAACUGGGUCCAGAUCGCGUCGCCAAAGCAGUGUAUCGAGUAUAG